CUUCUUUUAAAGACGGCCACGGCACACUAGUCCACUUGCUGCCGUCUGAGGUUUCAGCUUCCUGGCGCCGGGAGUGCUCUUUUCCCCGCUCAUGCAACACCGGGAGGAAAAGAUGGUUCGCUUCGCGCGCUGCUACUCUGUUGUCCUCUACGUCCCCUGGGUGUUACCGAGCCGGUCUUCUUCAGUUCUUCGCCAAGGGGCUUCUUCCAACUUCGUUCUCGGUGCUGGCUGUCGCAGGCUUGCUGGGUCUGUCUGCGUUUCUUCGAUUCCGCGCUCCUGAGCUGCGAGAACUCUUUUCCAUUUCUCUUCGGAGAAGCCGGAGGGCGAGGCGCUUCUUAGCGCAUGUGACCACGUGUGUUUGUACAGCUCGAUAGCUGCGGCAGCGAAAAAACCAAGUCUCGGAGGGUUUCUCUCGCUCCCUUCUUUUCUUUUUCCCGUCAGUUUCCGUUUUCGCUGCCCGCGAGGCUGCACCGCGCCACUUCUCUCUGCAGUCUGUGCGACUCUCCGUCGCGUUUCCGGCCCCGCUUUUUUGUCUGGGCAGACGCCUGCGAAACUCCGAAUCUGGGUCCACGCCCCCGUGCCCACCAGCUUGCUUCAGAGUGUCAUUCGUGGUUGUCUCUUUCGCCUUGCCAAGUUCGCGAGGCUUGUCUGCGUUGUCUGUGACUGGCGAGAAACGCGUCUUAACAGGUGUGCCGUUCCUUGGCAUUUCCCUCUCCUCUCCCCGUCCAUCACGCUCGCAGUCCACCCUCGUUUCCACCUCGUCCAGAGCUCUCUUUCUCGCGCGCGCGGCGAAGCGACAGUCCUUUCUGUCGUCGUCCACAUGUUAAAAAGGCUCUCUGCGAGCUGUCUGUUCAGCUGGCUCACCCGCGAAGAAGGCCUCUUUCCUUGCGUCCGCUGUGUGUUUCUCGCCUGUCAGAAACGCUGCCACUGGAAAGCCACUCCAGUUCUCCACCUUCUCUGCGGCAGAAGUCUAUCCGAGUCCAAGUUCUCCGCGUCUUGUCACAGUCACAUGCCUGUCUGUUGUGUCCGACCCCGUCUCUUUCCGGGGCGUAUCUGUCUGCAGUCUCUCUCGUCGUCUCCUCUGUCUCGCUUGCCUUCACACCCAUUCUCCACGCGUCGCCCUCUUGAACUCCACAGACCGGACUCUUCGCUGUGAGGACCCGUUCGCUGUGUGUCAGACGCGAUCUUCCGCGCUCUCCUCGACUCAAGCGUUUGCGAGGCCCACCAUGUGAAGUGGUGAAGUCGGCGCGUCCGCCGCGGGCUCCACGCUUCACAGAGUUCUUGUUCGUCUUCCGAGGCAACUCUCGAGUCUCCCACGGAGACCGUCGCUUCCUGGAGGCGCCUCUUGCCUGUCUGUCUCUUUCUCACUCUCCACCAUGUCGGCAACCUCGGCCUUCUCGUCUGGCGCCGCCUCGGGAUCCGGUCCUCUCUCUCUCACGUUGACAGGCCGGCCUGGGGCGGCUGUGGGGUCUCCAGAGUUCCUGGGGACCGGUGCGCCGGGAUCCACGGCCGCCAGCCUCGACGCUGUGGCUGCGCCAGAAGAAGGGGAAAUCAUUGAAGUUCCUCGACCGGACGGAGUCGCCGCUUCGAAUCCGCAGAAGGAGUCUGAUGCCCCUGCUGCAGGCUCCUCCGCGGGUGCCGCAGGUCAGGGUGAGGCGGCGGCUUCCAUCGAGAGCGCCCUCGACAGUCUGGUCCACCAGCUGAGUUCUUCGUCGCUGACAGGGGGUCGGGACUACCACCAGCGAAUGGCCGAACAGCUCAAGUCGGAGGACAUUGCGGCCCGCCUCGAAGCCACGCAAGCGUACCGGCGCUCUCUGGCUCAUCGCCAGGAACUUGAGCAGCAACAGAAAAACGCGAGUUGCGCAUGUCCAGGUUCGGGGUCGGCGAGCGCGACGCCGAGCUCUGGCUCGGGACCGGCGUCGAGCUUUUCACAGUUCGGAGGACGCCCGGCGGCGGGACUCGAGGCCGCGAGUGGGGGCCUCAACUCAGCAAGCGCCUUCGCAUCGCUCUCCGAUGCCGCCGUCAUGGACGUCACGAUUCAAGACAUGCUCGAUCAGGACCUCGUCUGCGAGGUCGUCCGGUCCGUCGGGCUGCCGCACCCCCACCUGCAGCUCGAGAGCAUCCUCCUCGUCCAGCGACUGUGUCGAGGUACCUUUUCGCAGACGCGGCAGAUCGUCUCUUCGACGCUGGUCGACUCGCUGGUCCAGAUUCUCCUGGGGGUCACGAGCGGCCGCGUCGGCGCGGGGGCCCCCGAGCUGCGACUCGCCGUUCUCGGCCUCUUCACGAAGCUCGCUCAAGACUUCAAGGCCCACAGAGACUUCGCGCUGCUCCGGCCGGCCGCCGGAGUCGUCCCUGCCGUCGUGGAGGCGGUCAAAGCUGCGCCGGACCUCGAGGGCGCGCGGUGCAUCCAUGCGCUUGUGUGCAGUAACAUUCAGCAACUCAAGGUGGAUGUGGCGCCGAUUCUCUCGAUCCUCAUUUGGCUGAUGAAGAACAGCGACGACCAGGCGAUCCUCUGUCUGGCGGCCAGCGCAUGCGUCACGCUUUGCGAGCGCCCCGAGGGCGUCGACGUAGUCCUCAACUCGCCUGCGCUGCCCACCAUUCUGCAGCUGCUCCACCACGAAGACCAAAGAGUUGUCUUCGACGCGCUCUCCGUCGCCGCGAAGAUCGCCUUCGUCGGAAGCACAGUCCAAAUCGAUCGGGCCAUCAACAUCGGCGUCGUCCAGGCCAUGGUCGAGGUCCUGCAAAAUCCUGCGGUCUCAAACCCCACGACCCGCGCUCGUGCAUGCAACACCCUCGGAAAUCUGGGAUGUGAAACUCCCAAACAGGUCCAGCCCAUCAUUGAGACGCGAGCCUUCCCGCUGUUGGUGGAGAUCUUUCAAAUGGAUCCGGACUACAACACACGCAUCGAAGCGGCGUACGCAGUCUGUGCAUGUCUCUCGCGAGCGGACUCUCAGCAAGUGGGGUACAUCAUUUCCUGCACCGCUCGUCCACCCGCGUUCUCCGGUUUCUCGCGAAGUCGCUCGAGGGCAGGGCUGGAGGGACCUGUCGUUUCUUCAACUCGCGGCGCGGCGCCGGCGUACCUCGCCUCGCCCCUAGCGAUUUCUUCUUCCCGCCUCGGCACUAGCCAGCUGAGUCUGGUGUACGGAACCCCACGGAUCACUGAGAAGCCGCCGCCAGCGAUUCUCUCCUUCGGAGGCAGCAAUCCGUGUCUCGGCCUCAUUGCAGACAUGCUCGAGCUCGUCUGUGAGAGCGACCCGACCAACAGCGGGAGCCUCAAACUCUGCAAAGCCAUUCUCCGCGGCCUGGACAACAUCCUCGAGGUCGGCGCUCAGGAGGCCCGCCUCCUCGGAUUGACUGAAAAUCCGUACGCGAAACUCUUCCACGAAGUGCAAGGCGAUCUCAAGCUGUCCCAGAUGCAGUUUUUCCCGGACUACAACAUCGCUGCGAAGACUCACAGCAUUUUGGAGAGAUACUUUGAAGAUGCAACGACGUGGAACACGAGGAAAUGACUUUUCGUUUCCUCUCCGUCAUGGACGAAAAAACGUUUCUUUGUUCGCACUUCUGUCACCCGUCUUUAUCCUUUUCGUAGGGGCUGCGCAGUCUGUCUCGAAUUCUCUGCGUAUCUGUCGUGUCUAUUGGGAUUCUGUCCACGCUUCAGUUGUGCUGGCUUCACGCGCGCCUCUGAUUUUCUCUGUGUGUCCUCAUACACGUUCUUGUUCGCCGCGCGGUGUGCCGUGAAUGCUUUGUGUUCGAGCGGUGAAGUGCAGUGGGUAUCCGCAAGUUUGCCAGUUUACGAAACUCGCACAUGCUGCUCGGAGAGAUAGCAGGAUGAAUUUUUUCCUGUUUCCAGGAUUUUCAUCGGAGAUUUGUACGGGGAUGUUCCCUGCUUCUACGGUUGUGGUGGUAGAUGGACAGGCAUGUGGGUGGUGGAGUUGCCAGUACAGCGGCUAGCGUUUUCACGGUAAACAGUGUAAGGCUCCUGGCUCAGUUAACAAACACACAUAGUCGGUGGAAGAAACGAGUAUAGAGUUGCGAAGUCACGACCCUAUCACUGACCGUCCACACAGCUUCGCAUUUCAAGCGUUUUGCCGUGAUAGCUCAUCGGUCUUCGCAAACGUCGUUGCGUUGAGUUUCAGGGUUCUUCGGGACCUUAAAUGAGCCCCAAGAAGACUCUAGAAAAGUUUCUUGGCAUGCGCGUGUGCCUCAGACGCUACGAGGGGUAAAGGCAUGCUGACAAGAGACUGUUCAUGUUGGAUGUCGUGGGAAAGAGAUUGUUAGCGUGUAUUCCUCAACCGGGCGUCGCUAUUCUGUGUGAAGUGGAUUAAAAGGCCUGGCAAGGAAAAUACACUAGGCUGACAGGCAGUGAGUGUUGGAGGCCUUACACCAAAGCAGAGGUCGUAAUGGGCAGCAUAUUUGGAAACCGCGAAUGGCGCACGAACUCGAGAGCGUACUCUCAACGGAGGAAUAAAAAGCUCUUGUUAACUCGGAUGAAUGUGUCCAGUCCAGCGACCGUUGGACGGGCUCUUGCGAAUUGUAAACGAUACGGGAGUUGUGAGAACAAGAAAGGAGAG